UGUGACAUAAUUUCUAAACAAAAGUGAUUGCUUUUAAACCAAGCUGCCAUGAGGUUGCGCUGGCAGAUAGUCAGUGGCUGUCUACGACAAAAUUGGCGCAACCAAAGCAAUGCAGCUGCAUCCACAGCUGCUGCUGCAGGCUCAGCUACCCCUGCCACACAAACUUCAACCAACAGCUACUCGCACAGCAGCACACGUGAAACUUUCAUUGAACGCAUAGAACGGGGACCCGGCCUGAAGGACUUUUUCACUGUGAAACCUAAGCGGAGGCUGAGAGAAGCGGACGAAUCGCAUGCUGAGGACAGUAAUAUACCAUACCUAAAUUCAAUAGACUAUAAUGGCCAUGGUCGGCGGGUGCACUUCGAGGUGUAUGGCUGUCAGAUGAACACAAACGAUACGGAAGUAGUGUGGAGCAUUCUGCAGAAACAUGGUUACCAGCGUUGCGAAGAUGCUGCAAAUGCUGAUGUCGUAAUGCUUGUGACCUGCGCGGUGCGCGAUGGGGCCGAACAAAAGAUUUGGAACCGUUUGCGACACUUGCGAGCGUUGAAGGAGCGGCGUGGAACCAAACGUCAGCCGUUGCAAUUGACAAUCCUUGGCUGCAUGGCGGAAAGAUUGAAAGAGCGACUACUCGAGCAGGAGCAAUGCGUGGAUGUCAUUGCCGGUCCUGAUAGCUACAAGGAUCUACCAAGACUGUUAGCCGUAGCUCGCCACUAUGGCAACUCGGCUAUCAAUGUAUUGCUCUCACUGGACGAGACCUAUGCGGAUGUCAUGCCCGUGCGCUUGAGCUCGGAUUCGCCCACUGCCUUCGUCUCGAUUAUGCGCGGCUGUGACAAUAUGUGUUCCUACUGCAUUGUGCCCUUUACACGUGGUCGCGAACGUUCCCGUCCACUAAAAUCAAUCGUGCGUGAAGUGCUGACGCUGCAGGAGCAGGGUGUCAAGGAGGUAACCCUUUUGGGUCAAAAUGUCAAUUCGUAUAGAGACAAAAGCUCCGAGCAAUCGGACAACGCCAUUGUCAAUUUGGCCACAGGUUUUAGUACGGUUUACAAGCCGAAAACAGGCGGAUUACCAUUUUCAGUGUUGCUGCAAAGUGUGGCCGAGGCUGUGCCGGAAAUGCGCAUACGUUUUACAUCGCCGCAUCCAAAGGACUUCUCCGACGAAGUACUGCGCGUCAUUCGCGACUAUCCCAAUGUCUGCAAGCAGCUGCAUCUGCCCGCACAGUCGGGCAACACAGCGGUUCUCUCCAGAAUGCGCCGUGGAUACACACGUGAAGCUUACUUGGAGCUGGUGUCACACAUUCGUCAAAUGCUACCUGAUGUAGGUCUCUCCAGUGACUUUAUUUGCGGCUUUUGCGGUGAAACGGACUCUGAGUUUGAAGACACCAUAUCGCUCAUCGAAAGGGUGCGCUAUAACGUGGCCUUUCUGUUUGCCUACAGCAUGCGCGAGAAAACCACAGCCCACAGACGCUAUGUGGACGAUGUCCCAGCUGUGGUGAAAACCGCUCGGCUGCAGCGCAUGGUGCAGGCAUUCCGAGAAGGUGCCACGCAGUUGCAUAAACGUUUCGAGGGGCAAGAGCAACUUAUACUAAUCGAGGGCAAAAGUAAGCGGUCCGAAAACUUCUGGUUUGGCCGCAAUGAUGCCAAUAUAAAAGUCAUUGUGCCCGCCGCCUCCCUGCCUACAGCCAAAGCUAAUGUGAGCGCAAAGGACAUUGACGUGGGCGAUUUUGUGGUCGCACGGAUCGUAGAUUCCAAUUCACAAGUCCUGAAAGGCAUACCGCUGCAUAUCAGCAGCAUUGGCAGUUACUACCAUAGCAAACAAAUUUAAAUUAAGCGGACAAUAAAAAUGGUUAGCCAGCUU